GCACUCUUUGCGAGGGCGGGUAUGUCUCUAGUGUCUGAGCGAGAGAGAGCGAGAGUGAGUGAGUGUGAGUGCGGGUUGGGGUGGUGGCCGUUACGUUCGGGGCAACGGCUACGGCAGUAGAGAAGUGAAAAGAGAAACAACGUCCGGCGCUUCCGUCUUCGGUCAGGAGGAGGAGGAGCUGGUAGGAAAAGGAAAGUGAUUUGCUCUGGGUCUGAACUAGACCGAGCCGGGCCGGUAGGGGUUUUGGGCUAUGAGCUUUUGAGGGUCGCGGAGCGAGACCCGAGAGCCGAGAGCUAUGUCUCAGCCGCCACCGCCUCCUCCGCUGCCGCCACCACCUCCCCCCCCUGAGGCUCCGCAAACUCCGUCGUCUUUGGCGGGGGCAGCAGCUGCUCCGGGAGGGCUUUCGAAGCGGAGAGAUCGGAGAAUCCUUUCCGGGAGCUGCCCAGAUCCUAAGUGCCAGGCGCGUCUGUUCUUCCCGGCCUCCGGUUCUGUAAGCAUCGAGUGUACUGAGUGCGGACAGCGGCACGAGCAGCAGCAGCUGCUGGGGGUGGAGGAGGUGACCGACCCGGACGUAGUACUGCACAACCUGCUACGGAACGCGCUGCUUGGGGUGACUGGGGCACCCAAGAAGAACACGGAACUGGUAAAGGUGAUGGGCCUUUCCAACUAUCACUGUAAAUUGCUGUCGCCCAUAUUGGCUCGCUAUGGAAUGGACAAAAAGACAGGCCGGGCCAAGCUUCUCCGGGAUAUGAACCAGGGUGAACUAUUUGAUUGUGCGCUGCUCGGUGACCGGGCCUUUCUCAUAGAACCAGAGCAUGUUAACACGGUGGGGUACGGCAAGGACCGCUCCGGAAGCCUUCUGUAUUUGCAUGACACUCUUGAGGAUAUCAAGCGGGCUAAUAAGAGUCAGGAAUGUCUCAUUCCAGUGCAUGUGGAUGGAGAUGGACACUGCCUGGUGCAUGCUGUAUCUCGAGCGCUGGUAGGCCGGGAGCUCUUCUGGCAUGCCCUGAGAGAAAAUCUUAAACAACACUUUCAGCAGCACCUGGCACGAUAUCAAGCCCUAUUCCACGACUUUAUUGAUGCUGCUGAGUGGGAGGACAUUAUCAAUGAGUGUGACCCUCUAUUCGUGCCCCCCGAGGGUGUUCCCUUAGGUCUGAGGAACAUCCACAUAUUUGGCCUGGCUAAUGUGUUACAUCGUCCUAUAAUUCUGUUAGAUUCUCUCAGUGGUAUGAGAAGCUCUGGUGAUUAUUCAGCCACCUUUCUGCCUGGGCUUAUACCUGCAGAGAAGUGCACUGGGAAAGAUGGUCAUUUGAACAAACCAAUCUGUAUUGCGUGGAGUAGCUCUGGUAGAAACCAUUAUAUACCCUUGGUAGGCAUAAAAGGAGCUGCUUUGCCCAAACUACCUAUGAAUUUACUUCCUAAAGCUUGGGGUGUGCCCCAGGACCUUAUUAAAAAGUAUAUCAAACUUGAGGAAGAUGGUGGUUGUGUUAUUGGAGGAGACAGAAGUUUGCAAGAUAAGUACUUACUUAGGCUUGUUGCUGCUAUGGAAGAGGUCUUUAUGGACAAACACGGUAUCCAUCCUAGUUUGGUUGCUGAUGUCCAUCAGUAUUUCUACAGAAGGACUGGGGUGAUAGGAGUCCAGCCCGAAGAAGUUACAGCAGCUGCUAAAAAAGCAGUAAUGGAUAAUCGCCUUCACAAAUGUUUGCUGUGUGGUGCCCUCUCUGAACUUCAUGUUCCUCCAGAGUGGUUGGCUCCCGGAGGGAAACUGUAUAACCUGGCAAAAAGUACUCAUGGACAGCUGAGGCCUGACAAAAAUUACAGCUUUCCCUUGAACAGUUUGGUUUGCUCAUAUGAUUCAGUGAAAGAUGUUCUGAUACCAGACUACGGAUUGAGUAAUUUAACGGCUUGUAAUUGGUGUCAUGGCACAUCUGUGCGAAGAGUCAGAGGAGAUGGAUCUAUUGUAUAUUUGGAUGGAGAUAGAACUAAUUCUAGGUCCACUGGCGGCAAAUGUGGUUGUGGAUUCAAACACUUUUGGGAUGGUAAAGAAUAUGACAAUCUACCGGAAGCUUUCCCUAUUACUUUGGAAUGGGGAGGAAGAGUGGUCAGAGAAACAGUGUAUUGGUUCCAGUAUGAAAGUGAUCCAUCUUUGAAUAGUAAUGUUUAUGAUGUUGCAAUGAAACUUGUUACCAAGCACUUUCCAGGUGAAUUUGGGAGUGAAAUUCUAGUUCAGAAAGUUGUUCACACUAUAUUGAAUCAGACCGCCAAAAAGAAUCCUGAUGAUUAUACUCCUGUAAAUAUCGAUGGUGCUCAUGCCCAAAGAAUUGGAGAAGAAUCAGAGUCUCAGCUCCCAACUAAAAUUAUUCUUACUGGACAGAAAACAAAAACUUUACACAAGGAAGAGUUAAAUAUGAGUAAAACUGAAAGAACUAUUCAACAGAACAUUACAGAACAGGCUUCUGCAAUGCAAAAACGGAAAACAGAGAAGUUAAAACAAGAACAAAAAGUACAGCCCAGAACUGUAUCUCCCACUGCCAUUCGUGAUGGUACAUCCUCUGCUCCUGCUACCCCUACCAAGGCUCCCUAUUCACCUACAACUUCUAAGGAGAAGAAGAUCCGAAUAACAACUAAUGAUGGUCGACAGUCCAUGGUUACACUUAAGUCUUCAACAACCUUUUUUGAACUUCAGGAAAGUAUUUCUAGAGAAUUCAACAUUCCUCCAUAUUUACAGUGUAUUCGAUAUGGCUUUCCUCCUAAAGAGUUAAUGCCACCACAGGCAGGAAUGGAAAAGGAGCCUGUUCCUUUACAGCAUGGUGACAGAAUUACAAUAGAGAUUCUAAAAAGCAAAGCAGAAGGCGGUCAGUCCGCUCCAGCACACUCAGCCCACACUGUGAAACAAGAAGAGGUUGCUGUUUCUGGUAAACUGUCAUCCAAAGAGCUUCAGGAGCAAGCUGACAAAGAGAUGUAUUCUUUGUGUCUUUUAGCAACGUUAAUGGGAGAAGAUGUGUGGUCUUACGCGAAAGGACUUCCUCACAUGUUUCAGCAGGGUGGUGUAUUCUACAAUAUUAUGAAGAAAACCAUGGGUAUGGCUGAUGGCAAGCAUUGCACUUUUCCACAUCUACCUGGCAAAACCUUUGUAUAUAAUGCUUCUGAAGAUAGACUGGAGUUGUGCGUGGAUGCUGCAGGACAUUUCCCUAUCGGUCCUGAUGUUGAAGAUUUAGUGAAAGAGGCUGUAAGUCAGGUUCGAGCAGAGGCUACGACAAGAAGUAGGGAAUCGAGCCCCUCACAUGGGCUAUUAAAACUAGGUAGUGGCGGAGUAGUAAAAAAGAAAUCUGAGCAACUUCAUAAUGUAACUGCCUUUCAGGGAAAGGGGCAUUCUCUAGGAACUGCAUCAAGUAACCCACACCUUGAUCUAAGAGCUAGGGAAACUCCAGUUGUAAGAAAGCAUAAUACAGGGUCAGACUUUAGUAACAGUUCCACUAAAACAGAGCCUCCUGCAUUCACAGUUGCUCCUAGUAACAGUGAGCUUAUUCGAAUAGCACCUGGAGUAGUAACAAUGAGAGACAGCAGGCAGCUUGAUCCUGAUGUGGUUGAAGCUCAGCGAAAAAAGCUGCAGGAAAUGGUUUCUUCUAUUCAGGCUUCAAUGGACAAGCACUUGCGGGAUCAAAGUACAGAGCAAUCACCAUCUGAGCUUCCUCAAAGAAAAGACGAAGUUGUAAGUUCUUCUGCAAGGUCUGGGAAUCUUCAGACUGGCUUGCCUGAAUCUUUUUCUUUAACUGGUGGUACUGCAAAUUUGAAUACAGAAACAGCUGAUAGCUGUGUAGCAGAUACACUGGGAGGAGCAUUUUCCUCAAGUUCAAAAGCACAAAAGGGAAGUUCUGUGGAGGAACCUGAAGAAAUGGAUAGUCAAGAUGCUGAUAUGACUAAUACAACUGAGCCAAUGGAUCAUUCUUGAUUUAAUUAGGCACUAAUAAAGGCAGAAUGUUUAUUGUGAAUAUGUAAUAUUUGUUGGCUGGGCCACAUAAUUUGAUUAGUCAUUUAAAAUCUUGUACAUAUAUAAUUCAAAGAUUAUACCUUGUUAUUCAGUGCAUGAUAGCAAGUGUGUGAUUGGCAAUAGCUUUUAAUAUACUGCUGCCCAGGCUGGCUCUGAAUUCCUAUAAAGUAGAUAUUUAGAUCUGCUGAGAUAAGUUUCUUUCAUUUCUGUGUUUCAUUGGAAGUCCUUGUAAUUUCAGAUCCAUGAAAGUCUUAAAUGUUUCAAAAAUGAAAAUUUUUGUGCUGAAAAAUGUUGUGGUUUCAGAAAAGACCAGAACUGGAGAGGAAAUGAGAUUUUGCAAAUGUUGAUGUUAUCAGGAUAACCAUCCUACAUUACUAGAGUGUCAAAGAUUUGUAUAAAUUUGAAGGUUAUCUAAACUGAAUUAUAUUUUAAAAUUCUCAAAAUGAUUUUUUAGACAGUCAUCCUGACAUUUCUGUGAACAUAAAUAUAUUCAUAGAAAUAGAUGUUCUUGGCAAAAACGUGUUGAGAAUAGAGUAUAAUGAAAUAACAUUUUGCCAAUUUGAGCAAAGGGGAAGAAUAGUCUAGAAUGAUAGUGUGAUUCAGUUAGUUACUGUCUGAGCCAUCAUGGCCAAUUGUGUGCUCUGUGGAUAAUACAUUACCAUUAUUUUUUGAAUCCUGGCCUGGUCAAGUACCACCUAAUUUUUUUUAAAUCUUACAGAAGAGUUCAUUGUAAAUUGUGGUAGAAAGUUGAAAAAUGAUGAUAGCAGUUGUUAAUUUCUAAUUUUCAGAAUAUGUCAGAUUUACAGAGAAUUUAUAAAUAAGAAUUUAUCUUUAUGAAUGAGUUUUGAUCAAUGGUAUUUAACCUCUAUAUGCUAAGUGUCUUUGAGCCCCUCUGAACCAAAAAUGUUUCCUUUUUUAUUAGAGUCCAUAAGAUUAUCUUUAUUUGUUGGCUUCACUUGGAUUUGGAUGCAAAUUUUACUGCAUCAUACCCUGAUCAACUCAGCAUUUGCUUCAAUAUUGUAUUCAUUAAAUCUUUAGUGGCAGUUUCCUGAAGAAGCAGCUUUCAUGCUUAUUCCUUAGAGACAAGUGUUUAUCUCAAGAUUGAUAUUGCACUAAUUUAUCCUGUUCUGCAGAUCUGUAUUCUGAAAUGUACAUUUCAAUCUAUCUCCCUCUGUUCACUGAAAUUAAGUUGAAUUUGAAUGGAUGAAAGACAAAAGUUAAUACAAUUUCUUUCUCAGAGCAUUCAAAGCCUGGCUGUCUCUGUUUGCACAUUAUAACAGGUGCAGAACUGUUUGCCACUCAAGAAAAUGUACAUCAGAAAGCAUACAAUCAGUUGUUUAAAGGUCUCUGCUUAUUGAUUUAUAGGAAAUACAGACAAUACUUUUUUUUCAGUGAGAGAGGUUUUGAUCUUUUCUCUAAGAACAUAUCUAUCUAAAUCCACAUAUUAAAUACUCCAUUUUGAGUAAGAAAAAAAUGGAGAAUCUAAAUAUUUUGUAGGUAUAUCUGAACAAGACAUUAUGUGUUUGGGUUAGUUUUUAUCAUAAUAUGACAUUUUUCUUUGCAAUAUCUUAAUCUCCAUUGUCCCUCUUCUGAAUUUAUUUUCAACAUCAUUCUCUGUAUCAGAACUGAAGGAAAAUUUAAAAGUUUCCUGUUAUGCACUGGUUUUGUAUAAAGUAAGAAGGCUGCCAAAUAAUAUUUAACACUUAGCAUAGCUAGCUUCCGUAUUAAAUAAAAAUUAAUACUACUUCACUAACUACUUCAAAUAUUUAUGGCCUUUUUUUUGCCACAGACAUUUUUUUGGUGGGGAAAUGGGAUGGCUUACAUACAGAAAAUUUAUUCAAUGACCAAAAAAAAUACAGUGCUCCCAGACAAAUUAUAUUAUCAUCUUUAACAAAUAUUUUCACCUGUGGCUUGGUAUGUUAAAAAUAUCAAACAAAUUUUACCUCCCUAUUGAAUAUUUUAAAUUCAGUAAUAAUUAUAAUGUACAUGUGAAUGUUAGAAGAUAGGCUUAAUCUUUGUUUUAUUUCUUAAUGACAGUAAUGCUAGUUAGAAACCAGUUAGGUGUGAAUAUUGUAAUAACACUUUGAAUUCCACAUUAGUAAAGAUAAAAAGGCUUCAUUUGGAGAACUGAUUAGAUUUCUUAAAAUUAUUUUAAAUCAGUUGAAAUGUAAGUAGAAUAAUUUUUUUUCAGUGCUGGGUAUUGAAUCUGGGCCCUUAAUGUGCUAGGCAAGUACUUUCUACCUCUGAGCUGCAUUCCCACCCCUUAUUAAUGAUUUUUUUUUUUUUUUGUACCAGGGAUUGAACUCAUGACCUUCCACUUGUCAGGCAGGCCCUUCCACUACUGAGCUAAAUUCCCAGCCCCUUAUUAAUGAUUUUUUUAAUAAGUGGGUCAGGUAUCCUUUCAAACAAGUUUUAGAACAAGGUUUCAAGUUUAAGUAUCAUCCUAUUUGUUAUAGUAGAAUGAUUAUUUUUUAGUGUACUAACAUUUGUAAUACUACUGAAUAGUUGAGUUCGAGCUGGAGAUCUCAAGUCAAUGAAAACAUUUGUUUAGUCAUCUGUUAGUCAUAUAAUUGAAUUCUAUUUGUCAUGUUCCAUUGAACAUAGAAAUAUAAUUUCCGUCAGUUAUAUCAAAUUUAAGUUGAUACCCCAAGUCCAGGUAAAAUUGAACAUGGCAUAUAUUUAGAAUGUUGGAAAUGAGAAAAUGGUUGCAACUAAAUUAAAUGAGACAUUGUUAAGUAUUAGGAGACAGAAUUAAAGAGUACGCCAAAGGUUUAUCCUCCCUUUCCCUUAAAUUAUGUUUGAGGUAUUUUGUUGGAGAAUGUUAGGAUAGAAGCCUAGAAAUUUAGCAAAUGCUUUUGACUAGAUUCGCUUUAUUUUUUCCUGUUAUUUAUAAUUUGGUUUUUAUAAUCAAGAUUGCUGCUUCCAGUUAAAAUAUUUCCAGUCACAUGUCCUUAUUGCAUUUUUUUUUAAUCACUGUACUGGAGAUUAAACCCUGGGCAUUCGCACUGAGCUCAGUCUCCAGCCCUUUUUUAUUUUUAAUUUUGAGACAGGGUCCUCACUAAGUCACCAGGUUGCCCGGGCUGGGCUUGAACAUCUGGUGUCGGCCUCCCAGAGUGCUGGGGUUAUAACCACAUGCCAACAUCUCCAGCUUGCCAUUUUGAGGUAUUAACAUUAUUGUAAAUGAGAAGUGUCUUUUGCAUAUGGUCUGUUACCUCAGGGAAGAUUACUUGCUAGCAACUCACAUACAUGCUACUAAUGAUAGUUUUUUGAGAAUUUUACUGCCAUUUCACAUUAGCUACUAAAUGGAAAGUUUAUAAUAAUAUUGUUUUAGGUAAUUAGCUACUAAAGUAUUAGUCUGCUAGUGAACAUUUCUCUAUUUAGACUGCACUAAUCACUAACCUAACAAGUGUGAAAUAAACUUAUAAUUCGGUCAUUAAUUGUACUUGAACUGGUUAAUAUAUUGAUAGUAUCAUAAAACAUUUGUUUCAGAAUGUCAAUACAGUUUGGUCCUUAUUUUCCAACAGUAAUCUUAAUUGGCCCUUACUAAAAUGCUGGGGCACAGAUUUUGAGACUUAUAAAACAAGAUUUCCAUCUUUUUUUUUUUUUUUUUUUUUUUUGUCUUUUUUGUUUUUACCAGUACUGGGGAUCGAACUCACAACUGCCUGCUUACAAGGCAGGCACUUAUGCCACUGAGCUAAAUCCCCAGCCCCAAGAUUUCCAUCUUAAGAUUUUUCAUAGUAGCAAAGCUUUGCAGAAUUGGUUUAAAUUCCACUCAUCUUACUAAGAAUUUAAAAUGAUCUUUUAUAACAAAAAUAGUAAAGUGCAUAUUUUAACUUGGGUAGACAUGUUUUACUUUCAAGGUUUAUAAUUUAGCAAAAUUGUACAAUCCUAAGUUCUUCAGGUUAACAUAAGAAACUAAUUUUCGUACAACUACUUAAAAAAUAUACCACAGUAAAAUACAUAUUUAAGGAGAGAUAUAUCACCAAUGUUGUUAAUAAAGUUAAUUACAAGUUCUGCCAUUCUCGAUAAAUCUUUGAGAUGCUAAGUGUUUUGGCUCAUAUGUAAUAAUACUUGAAUCAUGAGAAUUUUAACAUUUGUUCCAAAAAUAGCAGAAAUUGUAAAAUUUGUGAACUAUUGGGAGAAAAAAAUGCCAUUACUUGUAUAUCUGACAUUUAAAUUUUUAAAUUAUGGAGUUUACAUGGUUUUGUAGCUUAUUAAUAUAAUGAUAAUUCUCUUGUAAAAGAAAAGGAAAAACUAGUAAAGAAAGGUUUUAGUUGAUGCUAUGUACUUGUAUAAAUUUCUGAGUAUUUUAAAUUUUAAGAUGCAUACUUCUCUUUAGAAUGCAAAAAUCCUUUCCUAAGCCUUUAUCCCUGUGGUAGAGUAAUAAAAGACUGACAAGGUUAUCAAUAUUUUCAGGCUUAUUUGACUUUAAGAAUUAGAACUGAGUAUUGGAGAGUCUACUUUUUGGAGAAAAUGCUAUUUAUAAUAUGUAAAAAAGCAUUAGUAGUGUAAAUAUUUAAAAAAAUUUAAAUAGCAAGUGCUUUAACCACUCAGCAAAAUAGUAUAGCUGUCAUACCAUCCUUAAGGCAUUAGUUGUUACCCAUUAGCUUCUGAUUUUGUGACCAUGAUGUAUAGUAUAUUUAAAUAAUAAUUGGUAAUAGCAUAACUGUAUAGUGUUCUGCAGCACACCUCACUGUACAGUAUUUGAAAUUUUCUUCUCUAUAAUAAAAGUAUAAUACACAUUGAU